CCCAGCAGCCGGCACCAUCGGCUGGAGACGAAGAAGAAGAAGAAGAGGAGGCGGCGAGCGCGGGGGAAGGCGAAAAAGAAAAAGAAAGAAGGGGAGAGGGCUGCCGGCAGCACCGGGACCAACGCGCGCACCAGCUCCGGAGCCCGGCUCGCGCGCGUCUGUGGGGCCGCCUGACUCCCGAGCCGAAGCGGCGGCGGCGGGCGCGCCGGGCCCAGGCUGCGCGCCGGCGACGGACCAUGGAGCGCGGGCUGCACCUCGGCGCGGCGGCCGCGGGCGAAGACGACCUCUUCCUGCACAAGAGCCUGAGCGCCUCCACCGCCAAGCGCUUGGAGGCAGCUUUCCGCUCCACGCCCCCGGGCAUGGACCUGUCCCUGGCGCCGCCGCCUCGGGAACGCCCGGCGUCCUCCUCCUCCUCGCCCCUCGGCUGCUUCGAGCCGGCUGACCCCGAGGGGGCAGGGCUGCUGCUGCCGCCGCCUGGGGGAGGUGGAGGCGGCGGCGGCGGCGGCGGCGCGGGAGGCGGUGGCGGCGGCAGCGGCGGCGGAGGGGUGGGUGUCCCCGGGCUGCUCGUGGGCUCAGCCGGCGUUGGGGGCGACCCGAGCCUGAGCAGUCUGACGGCGGGGGCCGCCCUGUGCCUCAAAUACGGCGAAAGCGCGAGCCGGGGCUCAGUGGCCGAGAGCAGCGGCGGCGAGCAGAGCCCCGACGACGACAGCGACGGUCGCUGCGAGCUGGUGCUGCGGGCCGGAGGCACCGACCCACGAGCCUCCCCGGGUGCGGGAGGCGGCGGCUCCAAGGCGGCCGAGGGCUGCUCCAACGCCCACCUCCACGGCGGCGCCGGCGUCCCCCCGGGGGGCCCCGGCGGCGGCAACGGCGGGGGUAGCAGCGGGGGCAGCGGGGGCAGCAGCAGCAGUAGCAAGAAAUCCAAAGAGCAGAAGGCGCUGCGGCUCAACAUCAACGCCCGGGAGCGCCGGCGGAUGCACGACCUGAACGACGCGCUGGACGAGCUGCGCGCGGUGAUCCCCUAUGCGCACAGCCCCUCGGUGCGGAAGCUCUCCAAGAUCGCCACGCUGCUUCUCGCCAAGAACUACAUCCUCAUGCAGGCGCAGGCCCUGGAGGAGAUGCGGCGCCUCGUCGCCUACCUCAAUCAGGGCCAGGCCAUCUCGGCCGCCUCCCUCCCCAGCUCGGCGGCCGCGGCGGCGGCCGCCGCUGCCCUGCACCCGGCGCUCGGCGCCUAUGAGCAGGCGGCGGGCUACCCGUUCAGCGCCGGGCUACCCCCGGCCGCCUCCUGUCCGGAGAAGUGCGCCCUGUUCAACAGCGUCUCCUCCAGCCUCUGCAAACAGUGCACGGAGAAGCCUUAAACACACCCCCGUAAAACACAGACGGACCCAAAAGCUAGAGGAACGCGAAAAGCUGCUCCCCACCCCCCUUUAUUAUGAUCCUCUCGUAGUUGUGAAACACUUGGAGAGCAGACAAAACAGAGGCAAGAACUGAGAAGUUAUCAGAGACAAACGGGACUUUUAGCCUGGACAUCCCCUGAAUCUCGGUCUUUCGGGGUGGGGAGGGAGGGAGGAGGGAAGUGGAGUUGGGAUGGAGUAGGGAUGUCUUUUUUUUUUUUUUUUCCAGAAAAGUGGCAACUUCUAAACUGCGAGGAAGUGGGGUCUUCCUUAAAGGUGAAAAAUAAGUUGAGAAGUAGUGCUUGGUUAUUAAGCGUGGAGAGUAUUGAAUGGCAAAAUACUAACCCUACUAUUAUUUGUGAAUUGAGCUGGUGCUGAUGCGAACAGGAGGCGUUUGGGGUUGGGUGGCAUGUAGGACAGGCUAUUCAUUCAGACAAAUCAGAAAGGACACUUGAAAAUAAAUUUUCAUUCUGAGCCAGGAGAAAAACUUGAAAUGUAGACUGACUUGGGGGGGGGGGUUACCCAGAGAGAGGGGAGAGAGAGCGAGAGUCACGUUGCUAUGAAAGACUUGUAUUUUUUAUUGUCUCUGAACUUUUAAUCCUGUGAAAAUGCUCAAAGUUUUGGCGAGAGUGAUAUAAAAAACUGACUGUGGCUGAAAGAAUUGCAUUUAAAAAUAUUUAUGUGCACCUUGUUACUUUCUACUCUGCAAUGAUGUAUUAACAAUUCAUGGUAUUUAUUUGUUAUUCUUCAAUGAACCUUCCACAUCAACAAGAUUUAUCAUGUGUUAAGGUUAUGAGUCUUAUGUGCAGAUUUUUUAAUGCCUCUAAAAUUCUGUUUUAUAGAUUAACUUAUACUGUGUGCCAAGUGCUUAAAGGUUUAUUUGCCAACAAGUAUGAAGAGAAUAUUGAUGUAUCUGAGCUGCUUAGGUUUUUGAAAGGUCACCUGGAUAUUUUCAGUUGCAUCAUCCCUGUAUUUAAAUUGAGCUUUAAUAAAUUGCUUCAGUCCAAAAAUUACAGGAAAGGUGUAUUCUUAAUUGAUGAAUGAAUUGAUCUCUUUCUUGAAAGGGGACUUCUUUGCAUUCCAAAAGGGAAAGACAUCACAGCAAUAGAUCCUAUAAGUAAGAACAUGCUAAGCAAAUAUUAUUUUCCAGGCUGUGCUGUGCAUUUUUAAAAGGUCUAAUUUAAUUGCUUUUAAUGUAUAUGUACAUAUAUAAGUUAUUUUAACUGUGGAGAAUUAUUUAAGUUUAAAGACUGGUUUGAUUUGCCUAUGGUGUGAAAUCCUUUGUUAUUUUUCUAAAAAAGAUAAAAUUUAAAAAGAAAAGAAAAUUAAGGAAGAGCAAGAAGCUAUUUACCCAAAGUGAGCUUUCAGUUUUAGUUUGCAUGGCUGUUCGCCUGCCUUUCCAUCCUAUGAAAAUCAAGAAAACCUUUUUUGAGAAAUGGAUUCCUGCUGUUUUCCACUCCUUGCAGAUAAUACAAAUUCAGUUUGUCAGGUUGGAUGGUGAGAUGGAAGCUAUAAUGGAUCUUCUGGUGGGUUUUCGAUGUGUAAAGAAUGAUAUCUAUAUCUCUAUAUUAAAUAGGUCAAUCAGAGUAUGACAGCUAUGUACGACCGUUUGUAUGUGUAUCUAUGUCAGAAAGAAUCUUUAUUAAAAUAUUUUGAUCAAACAUU